AUGCAGAUACAAAAGGAUGAAUCUAAAGAAUUAUCCGAAGUUGAUUUAUUGAUGACCAGAAUUGUGGAAUUAGAAUAUAUUAUAGAAGAAAAUGCUAAACGUGAAGCUUAUAUAUUACUGUGUCAUCAUAUUUUCUACGAACAACUUUGUGGUACCAAUAUAUUAAUGCCAGAAGCUUGGGGCAGAUUUCAAAGAACAUUCGAAGAAAGUGGCAUGGAAGUAUAUCAAACUCAUGAUAUUGUGGAAGUACCUGUUGUUCAGAGAUCUCCAGCAGAAAAAGUGGCAGAAAAAAGCCAAUUGAAAAUGA